AUGGCUGCCGCCCUGCAGAACCAGCGCAACCUGAUCUUCGCCUCCGUCUUCCCUUUCGCCGCCCAGUCCCACGGCUCCUACCAUUCCUCCUCCGCGCAUCCAACUCCGCUCUCCGCCGCCGUCACCUCGCACGACAACACCUUUUCCACGCCGAGCCACCAUCAUCACCACCCUACACGCGGCCACCACACCCAUCACCACCAUGACCGCGGCACCUCCCACAACAACCCCAAGCUCGUCCAGCGGAACGUCGCCUGGAAUACAGCAACCCGCUUCCUGAAGCUGCCCGAAUGGCACCCACCCACCGGCACCGGCACCGGCAACGCCAGCAGCACCGGCGGCCCCCGCCCGCGCAAGCACCACCGGCUCAACGCCGAUGUCGAAGAAGCUUUGCGCUACCUCCUCAUCGGCGACGGCCGGCCGGACAGCGAGUACGACGUCAGCCCCAGCAGCGGCGGGCUCUUCCCAGACCUGCUGGAGUGGUACACGAACGAGGCGCGCGAGCACUUCGUCGGCUGCGUACGGCCCGCCGUGCUGGCGGCGUGGCAGCUGCCCGUCGCGACGGCCGCCGCCUGGGACGUGCUGGACGCCACGGUCGCGACGCUGCGCGCGGCCCAGGCCUUUUACUUCGCGCACCUGGACGAGUGCAUGCUGCCCGUCGUGCGCGAGGCGGCGGGCGACGUCGGCGCGGAGAAGGUUGCCAGGAAGUUUAGGAGGGAUUUGCAUGCCAUCGUUAUGCACGCGCUGCCGCAGCAGCGGUUCGCGAAGACGCUGGCAUGGGUGCUGUUUGAUGCGGGCUGCAGGCUGUUUGGGCUGGAAAAGGAAGAUCAGUGGUACAGGGGUGGAGAGGAGAUCGAGGAGGGCCAGAUCGUCAGGGAGCGGGUUGCUGGGUUGUUGAGGGAGUUGAGGGAUGUGGGGUUAGGCGGUGAUCAGGCGCAGAGGGCGGCUGCGCAGGCGAUGGAUAGCUUGAUGGAUGCUUUCAUCGGGAGUCAUCAUAUGAAGGUGGACUGGUACGGGAGGAAACCUAUGACCCGGGUCCUGCGGGAGUGGAUCAAGGACGGGUACAGUCCUUUUAUCAGGGAGAUCUUGUCAUGCUUGACGGGUGAUGAAGAGAUGUUCGAGGCUAAUGAAGUUCAACAAUGGACAAAUAUGGCAAUUGGGAGAUUAGGAAGAGCAAGAGUGGAGAACCUCUUCGACUACAUUGUCAAUUGGGAUCGGUCACUGGGCGCCAUUCUGGACUUGAAGGAAUACAUUACAUCUCCAGCAGCAAGAAAUCACCUCACAAACAGCUUCUUACAGCAGGUCGUCCGCCGACUUUUGCAUGCCGGAGCUACAACAACACACAUUCUUGACACUUACAUUUACGUCAUCCGUGCCUUUAUCGAGCUGGAUCCGAAAGGCAUCUUACUCGAGAAGGUGGCCAGGCCUAUCCGUCGUUACUUGAGGGACCGCGAGGAUACGGCUCGCAUCAUCGUUUCCAGUUUAUUGGCAGACGUGGAAGACGAAUCUGGCGCUCGCAUCGACCUGAGUCCGGACAUCAGUGCCGAGAUUGCGGAAGAAAUGCUUAACCCCGUCGCUUCAAAUGUUCAAGAUGAAGACCAAGAGCUGAACUGGGCAGACAUGAAUUGGAUGCCGGAUCCGGUUGAUGCCUCACCAGAGUACAAGAAAGCAAAGUCCGAAAAUGUCCUCGCAUACCUGCUGAGCUUGUAUGAUCGAGAGGAUUUUAUUAAUGAGCUGAAGAACAUCCUUGGAGAGCAUCUCCUUAAAAACGAGGACUCGGACUUUGAGAAGGAGAUCCGUCUUCUGGAGCUCUUCAAGCUGCGUCUUGGCGACAGCAAUCUCCAAGCCUGCGAAGUCAUGCUUAAGGACGUGCUGGAGUCCAAACGUAUGAACAAGCAAAUCCACCAAAGUCUAGAAAAGCACUCAAAUGUGUACCACAAUAUCCCCAUCGAACUCAACUCCCAGAUCCUCUCCUCUUUCUUCUGGCCCUCGUUACGCGAGGACGAAUUCCGUCUCCCCGAACCAAUCCAACAGCUCAUGAAAGAAUACGACGCUGGCUUCGAAGGCAUCAAAGACAUGCGCAAACUUCACUGGCUCCCCGCUCUCGGCCGCGUCACCGUCGCCCUCGAUUUCGACGACCGGUCACUCGAGCUCGAAGUCCUCCCCUGGCAAGCCGCAGUCAUCUACGCUUUCCAGGACGACGACGACAACAACAACCCCGACGACGAAGACGAUGACCUACCAUUGACCGAGGAAGAAGAGCGCGAGCGCCAGCGCCGCGCGCGCCUCCGCGCCGUCGGCGCCUCGGACGUCGCGCCCACGCCCGAGAAGCCCAAGAAGAAGAAGCCGCCCGUCACCAAGACGGUCGAGCAGCUGGAGACGGCGCUCGAGAUGGACGAGGCGCUGCUGCGCUCGGCGCUGACGUUCUGGGUCGGCCACCGCGUCCUCAUCGAGCAGGCGUCCGGCGACGCCUUCGCCGUCAUCGACUCGCUGGCCGAGCUCGACGCAGACAAAGAGGCCGCCAUGGCCGCCGAGGAGGCGCGCGAGCGCGCGGAAGAAGAGGCGGCUGGUGCGGCGGUCAAGAGUGCGGACGAUGUGCUCGUCGAGAAUAUGCAGAUGUACAGGCAGUUCGUCAUCGGUAUGCUGACGGCGAACGGGCGUAUGGGCGCGGAUAGGGUGUGCGGUAUGCUGAAGGUGGCGCUGAUGGGGGGCUUUCCGUUUGGGGUUGAGGAGGUGGGUGUGCUGCUGGGGCGGAUGGUGGAGGAGGGCGUGUUGGUGCAGGCGGGCGAUGGGUUUGCGGUCAAGAAGUAG